GGGGCCGCUUCCCCUUUUCCCGCGACUUUCGGGGGUCACGUGACCGGGAGGGGACAGGGAGGGGCCGCGGCCAUGGAGCUGCCGACCUUCAUCGCUCUCCUCGCUUUUCUCCCGAUGUCGACACCUUCAGACCCAGAUCUCCCUCCCACCCCCCCCAACAUCUCGGUGACGCCCCCCAAGGCCGAGUUCCUGAUCGGCGACGCCGUGUCCCUCACCUGCACGGCGCCGGGCGGCCGCGUGCGCGGUUUCCGUUUCUCCGGGAGCUCCGGGUGGGUUCUGGACGUCAGGAGCUCCAGGAGGAGCUUCAGCCACACCUUCAACAUCUCCGGGACCAUGGACGGAGGAUUCCACAGCUGCUCCUACACCCUGCUCCGCCCGGGACGCGCCGACGUCCACUCGCCGCCCAGCCGCGCCGUGGUCAUCAACGUCCGCGAUCGUCCAUCCCAACCCAUCCUGGUGGUGACGCCCUCCAGCGUCACCGUGGAAGGGCAGCCCUUGGUCUUCUCCUGCCAGGCCCCGCCCGGCGCCGCCCAGAGGAGAUUUGGGAUCUUCCAGGAGGAGCUGGAGGUCACCGCCGGGAUCUGGGAAGGUUCUGGAAGUUCUGGUGUCCGGCUGAGGGUGGAGAGGAGCGGCCGGAACCAGACCGGGAACUUCAGCUGCCGCUACGAGGAGAUGACCCAGGGCCGGUGGAUCGCGUCCUACCCCAGCGACGCCGUCCAGGUCAUCGUCAAAGAUCCGUGUCCUCCUCCCGUCCUCUCCGUGGAGCCGCUCUCGGGCGUGGUGGCCACCGGCCACCGGCUGCGCCUGAGCUGCGCCGCGCCCCGGCGCCACUUCCGGCGCCGCUUCCGCUUCUUCCGCGACGGCGCCGAGGUGACGCCGGGCGCCGGUGACGUCAUCGGCGGCGCCGGGGAGGGCUCCGAGCUGCUCUUCCCGAGGAUUUCCCGGGAAUUCGCCGGGAAUUUCAGCUGCCGGGUGGAGGAGGAGGUGGGCGGGGCCUGGCUGGAGGCUCCGCCCAGCCGGGGCGUGGCUGUGGAGGUCAGGGGUAGCUCGAGCUCCUCCCAUUGGUCAUCGGCACCGCGGUGGGCGUGGCCUCGCUGCUCCUCGGGCUCCUAUUGGCUGCUUGUCUGUGCCGGAAGAGGCGGGGAGGUUCUCGCUGGCGGGGGCUGCGCCCGGGGGAAGACACCGGAACUUUCUCCAUGGGGGACCUGGAGGUGGCUUCCUGAGACAGGCCACGCCCACCAAGAUGGCGGACAAGGCGCAGACCACGCCCACCAAGAUGGCCGACAGUACGCAGACCACGCUCCCCGGAAUGAUGCUGAAACCACGCUCCCAAAAUGGCCGCCUUCAAAAUGGCUGCCAGCUUAAAAGCCACGCCCUCAAAAUGGCCGCCAGCUCAAGCCACGCCCCCAAGAUGGCGGUCGGCUUAAAAGCCACGCCCACAAAAUGGCCGCCAGCUCAAGCCACGCCCCCAAGAUGGCCACCAGAUCAAAAGCCACGCCCACAAAAUGGCCGCCAUUUUAAAAGCCAUGCCCCCAAUAUGGCCGCUGAAAUAAAGGCCACGCCCCCAAAAUGGCUGCCAGGUCAAAGGCCACGCCCCCAAGAUGGCUGCCAUCUUAAAAGCCACGCCCACAAAAUGGCCCCCAAUCCAAGAUGGCCACUGAAAUAAAGGCCACGCCCCCAAAAUGGCCGCCAUUUAAGAAGCCACGCCCCUAAAAUGAUCGACAUUUUAAAAGCCACGCCCACAAAAUGGCUGCCAGCGCAAAAGCCAC